CUGUGUUUGAUUGUAAAGGCUUCUUCCAGCUCUAUCUUGCGACGACAUUAGAUUAUCUGAUAUUUUGUGAAAAUGUUAACCUUAGCUGCUAGUCCACUUAAUGUAAAUAGUUUUAUGAAGUGAUUAAAAGGGCAGUGUUUUUCUCCUUUGUCCUAAAUGGAAUUUUCAGGGAUGGAAAACGGAAGACAAAGGCGAACGUUGGAUAGCUGGGUGUUUGCUAUAUGCUUCUCUCUGCUGUUUUGCUUUGAGGACCAGGUCUCGGCUCAGAUAAAAUAUUCUAUUCCAGAGGAAGUAAAAGAGGGCACCAUCGUGGGAAAUGUUGCUAAAGAUUUAGCUCUCGAUAUCAACAAUUUGGUGGACAGACGGUUCCGCAUUGUUUCUGGAUCUGAGGAUGCGCUUUUCCAGGUAAACGAGAACAAUGGCCUCCUGUAUGUUGUUAAGAGAAUCGAUAGAGAAGCUAUAUGUGCCAGUAGCAGAGCUUGCUGGGUUAAUCUAAAAAUCAUUGUCGAAAAUCCUCUGGAGAUUCAUUACGUGGAGGUUGAAAUUACUGAUGUAAAUGAUCAUUCGCCUAGUUUCACAGAAAAAGAUCAGCUGUUUGAAAUACCGGAAUCGACUUUGCCAGGGGAAGAUUUUCAGCUGCAGUCAGCACAGGACCCUGAUUUUGGGACGAACUCGGUUCGUUUUUACAAACUGAGCCAAAGUGAGCAUUUUGAACUUGAACUUCGAGACAAUGGGGUAGAGCGAAAAAUUCCUUUUUUAAAGUUACGUAUAUCAUUGGACAGGGAGCAACAAAACAGACACCAUUUAAUACUGACUGCUAUUGAUGGUGGACGUCCACCAAAAUCAGGAAGCAUGGAUAUAAACAUUACAGUUCUGGAUGACAAUGAUAACCGGCCAAAAUUUACUCACGAAGUUUAUUCUGUUGAAAUACAAGAAAAUUCCCCAGUUGGAUUUUUUGUGGUGAAAGUCAAUGCCACUGAUGCAGAUGAAGGUCAGAACGGUGAAAUUGUUUAUUCAUUUGUUAAAAACCUUGACAGAGAAAUAUAUGAUGUAUUCAGUUUAGAUACAAAUUCUGGGGAAAUUAGAGUGAAAGGAAAUAUAGAUUUUGAAAUAAAUACCGUUUACAGAUUUGGCAUAACAGCCUCAGACAGAGGGCAUCUACCGAAGGCGAGCAGUUGUAGAGUUGUAAUUAAAAUCGUUGAUGUAAAUGAUAAUAAGCCAGAGAUAGAUGUUACUUCCCUAUCUGAUGUAGUACUGGAAAAUUCAAAUCCAGGAACUGUUAUUUCUCUCAUUAGUAUAACAGACAAAGACUCUGGCAUCAACGGCAAAGUUGUUUGUAGCAUAUCAGAAAAUGUGCCAUUUGAACUGAAACCUUCGUUUAAAGAGAACAUGUAUUCCUUAGUUACAAGCGGACGCCUAGAUCGCGAGCAUAAUGCCCAUUAUGAGAUCAUAAUUACAGCUACAGACCUGGGACACCCGAGCCUCUCUGCAGUAAGAAAGUUAAGCUUACAAAUAUCAGAUGUAAAUGACAACAGCCCAGAAUUUCCCCAGAAUCCUUUGGAGCUGUACCUAACUGAAAAUAACACCCCGGGUGCAUCUAUAUUUUCUGUUAGCGCCCUAGAUGAAGAUUUAUAUGAAAAUGCUGCGGUAAAUUACCAAAUUGUUAGAGGAGAUGCGGCACAACCUGGCAUAGCGUCGUUCCUGAACAUCAAUUCUGAAACAGGUGUUAUUCGUGCGCUAAAGAGUUUUGACUUUGAAACCUCCAAAACUUUCCAGUUCCACGUGCUCGCUACUGAUUCUGGAACUCCAGCACUGAGCAGCAACGUCACAGUGAACGUGUUCAUUUUAGAUCAGAACGACAACGUUCCAGUGAUCUUAUAUCCAGUCAGCUCUAACGGAUCUGCUGAAGGUGUGGAGGAGGUUCCCCGUAAUGUGAACGCAGGACAUUUGGUGACUAAAGUGAGAGCCUAUGACGCAGAUAUAGGAUACAACGGCUGGCUAUUAUUUUCACUGCAGGAAGUGAGCGACCACAGUCUGUUUGGUUUGGACCGCUAUACAGGACAGAUAAGGACCCUUCGCUCAUUCACAGAAACAGACGAGGCUCAGCAUAAACUGGUCAUACUGGUCAAAGACAAUGGCAACGUUUCACUUUCAGCAACAGCGACCGUGAUUAUCAAAGUUGUGGAGCCCAAAGAGGCUUUUGCAGCUUCUGAUGUUAAACACGCAGUAAAAGACGAGGAGGACAAUGACGUCACAUUUUAUCUGAUCAUCACUCUGGGCUCAGUUUCAGUGCUUUUUGUCAUCAGUAUCAUUGUGCUGAUUGUAAUGCAGUGCUCCAAAUCUACAGACUGUUCCUCCAAGUACUUACAAGAUACUAAUUAUGAUGGAACACUAUGUCACAGCAUCCAGUACAGAUCAGGAGAUAAACGGUACAUGUUAGUUGGACCAAGAAUGAGUAUCGGUUCUACUAUAGUCCCAGGCAGUAAUGGGAAUACUCUAGUGGUACCAGAUCGCAGGAGGAGAACUUCUGGAGAGGUAAGAGUGCUUUAUUUUAAAUGA